ACCCAAUAUGAAGCUCCUUGGACUGCUGUGGACCCUUUGCGUCUUGUAUAAAACAUCUCUGGCUCGCGUACAAGACGGCUUCUCGUUUAAGACAUCCAUUUGUGAUGGUAAGAACGGGGGCCUUUUGCCCAUGUAUGGAACGUGUCGGGGAUAUUAUGUGUGUCUGGAUGGGAACGCUGUAAUCGGAUCCUGCGACGGAGGCACAUUGUUUAAUCCCAAAACUUUACAUUGCGAUGAUGCCAUGGACGUGGACUGCAUAUUCGAGGCCAAGCAAAGUGAUUACAACGAUGGAUCGAGCUCGGAAAGUGAGGAGGAUGAGGAGCCCCCGAAAACCGAUGCCCCACCCACGCGGAGACCGUCAAAGCAGCAUAGACCUCAGCCACAAACACAACAAACUUCGGAUACAUUCAACAGAGUGUGUGCUGGUAAGAAGGAUGGCAUUACCCUGGCAAAGGACGACUCGUGCAGUGAGUACUUUGUGUGCGAGUCGAAGCAGCCGCGUCUUCGCGUUUGUCCCACCAAUCAGCACUUUAGUCCCACUCGGCGGAUCUGUAUGAAGCCGAAAGACGCCAAGUGCCUGGUGAGUCAGGAAAAAAAUCGACUAGAGGAGCCAGCCACAUCCGCCGGAGCCUGUUCCGAUGAAAAGGAGAGCUCCUUGGUGGCCCAUCAGAAAGAUUGCGGAAAGUUUUUACUCUGCAGCAACCAGGUUUUCCUUGUAAUGGAUUGUCCCACUGGCUUGCAUUUUAAUUCCAAAACGAUGCGGUGCGACUACCCAAAGAUCGCGAAAUGUCAAGUGAAGGAAAAGGGAAAUAAAACUGCAGCAAAGACCAAAAAUGCAGCACGAAAACCCAAGAAUCGUCCCUUGUAACACUUGCAUGCAAAUAAAAUAAAUAUCCCAUGUGUCAUCACAUGUUUCAU